GAUACCCAUCUUAAUACCAGCAAAUAGUUUGUGAUCCCUAGCGAAUCAGACGGAGAACCCGUUUCCAUUUCAAAAUAAACAAGGCUACGAUAGAAGACAGCAUCCACAGCCCUACUAAAAGGAGCAUUCGGGGUUCAAUAGCGAGCUGCGCACUGACAAGAUAAAGUAGCGACCUUUCGAUUGGUUGAGUCCGGCAGCGUCACGGCGUAGCCAAUAGCAGCAGAGACGGAUGAAACAGGGGAAGAUUAUAAUAAAGGAGAAAAUAUGAGUUCCCUUUGCGAUUGCUGUGACGUCAGUGUAGGAAGUCAUUGUAGAGCAACACUGGAACAAUUACAAGCGAAAAAGGAGCGUGGCGUGGACGAGUUAGUCCUCCGUGCCUCUCCACACCUCAACUUUGAAAGAAAGUUAAAUAAGCUGAACAAAAGGACGUGGACUAUACAGAUCACCGCUUCCCCGUCUUCAUACUGAAUGUAGCAAAAUCUCGGAGAAUACCAUUUUAGUGACUUGCUCUGAAAGAGAAGGACAACAAAAAAGUUUUUUUCUAUCUUUUGUGUUUUAUUUAUUAUUAUUAUUGUUAUUAUUAUUUAUUUUUAAAAUAAUAUUGUCAGCCGGACAAGGUUCCCUUUUCUAUCUAUACGACCACCUAACCGUGUCACCGUUUCAUUUUUCUUUUUCGUCCUGAAAUCUGAGGGAAGUCUUGGGUUUUUAAAGUUUGUAAUGAAGACCAACUCUUAAUUUUGAUCUUUCCUUUUUUUUUUUACUAUGGAAGGAUCCAGUGGGUCGAAUUUCGGAAUAGACAGUAUUUUGUCGAACACCAACAGCUCCAGCAGCCCGGUGCUGAUGAGCGGGGAUUUUCGGCUUGGGGACAGCAGGACAGCAGAUUUCAGAAACCAGGCCACCCCAUCACCAUGCUCGGAGAUAGACACUGUGGGAACGGCGCCUUCAUCCCCAAUCUCGGUCACCAUGGAGCCGCCCGAGCCGCACCUUGCUCAAGACAGCCUGCAGCAGCACCAUCAUCUUCACCACAACCAGCAGCAAAGUUUGCAGCCGUCGCCUCAGGCUCAGCAGCAGCCUGGUUGCGCCCCCAGGACUGCCACCUCCUCUUUCCUCAUCAAAGACAUCCUGGGCGACAACAAGCCGCUGGCGGCGUGCGCGCCGUACAGCACCAGCGUCUCCUCACCCCAUCACACCCCCAAGCCGGAGAGCGCCCCGCUAACGGAGGGCUUCAGGCCCAAGCUGGAGCAGGACGAGCCUAAAGGCAAGUUGGACAAGCGGGACGACAUCCAGAGCGACAUCAAAUGCAACGGCACGAAAGAAGAAGGUGACCGAGAGAUCACUAGCAGCAGAGAAAGUCCCCCGGUUCGCUCUAAAAAGCCCCGCAAAGCGAGAACAGCCUUUUCCGACCAUCAGCUCAACCAGCUGGAGCGCAGCUUCGAGCGACAGAAAUACCUGAGCGUGCAAGACCGCAUGGAUCUCGCGGCGGCGCUUAAUCUCACAGACACGCAGGUCAAAACCUGGUAUCAAAACCGAAGGACGAAGUGGAAAAGACAGACCGCCGUAGGAUUAGAACUGCUGGCUGAAGCUGGGAAUUACUCGGCUUUGCAAAGAAUGUUCCCCUCCCCUUAUUUCUACCACCCGAGCCUGCUGGGCACUAUGGACAGCACGACAGCAGCCGCGGCCGCCGCCGCUAUGUACAGCAGUAUGUACCGGACUCCGCCGGCGCCUCACCCCGGCCUGCAGAGGCCCCUGGUCCCGCGGGUCCUGAUUCACGGCCUGGGCCCGGGCGGGCAGCCGGCCCUCAACCCGCUGGCCACCUCCAUCCCAGGAAACCCGCACUCCCGGUAAAACAAGACGCGAACCCGAGACGACGUGGGGGAACUGAUCCAAACUUUUAAAAAACAACAACAACAACAACAACAACAACGACAACCACAGCAACAACAAAAGACUAUACGGGAAAUUUUAUAGAGGGACAGAAAAAAAAAAGGAAGGAAUAUUUAAUAACAAACUGCAGUUUUUUUUUAAAAAAAACCAAAACUGUAAACAAAAGGCCCCCCUUAAGAAAUAAAGGACUGUUAACUUUCUUUUUUUAAUUUUUUGUACAAAUACGCUUAUGAUACUAACAAAUAAACUUCUAAAGUUUAUGAGAAGGACAGCGAGGGGGGGGGGGCGGGGGGGGACCGCAGUGACUCGGGCUAACCGCGAGACCGGCCUGGGAGCCUCGCGCUAACUUCUCGAGGCCUUUUUUUUUAAUUUUAUUUUCUGAAGUGGCAUGCUCAGUUACUGUAAGAAAUGUACAUUUGAAGGACUGAGUGAAAUAUUUAUUAUAUGUCGUCAGAGAGAUCCGCUUAUAUAAAUCAUGCAGACUUUUUUUUCUCUUCCGUCAUUUUGUCUUUUAAUUCGAUAGAGGUGAAUUAAGUCAGCCUUAAGCUUUCUGUUCGUGAUAGACUGACGCCCAUCUCACGGAAGGAUUCUCUAACAAUUCCAUUCUGUAACAACAAUAAAAACUUUAAUUUUUUACAAGCA